CUGAGGGAAACAAAGGCCUAACCUCGCGGGAUGUAAAGUCCCCUGUAUGAGAACAGCCGUUUAGAUGCCUAGUUUGAUCCAUCCUGCUUUCCGUCGUUGUUUUCGUUCGGCGGCGGCGAUGCCCCGGAAGGGUAAGGCACAGAAUAAGGACAUAGCAAGCCCUUCUGUUCCUUCAGGCCCCGUGGCAAGCGAUAAAAGUGGUUCUGUUACUAUCGCUGUCCAUGCCAAACCAGGAUCUAAACAAAAUGCUGUGACAGAUCUGAGUGCAGAAGCAGUGGGCAUAGCCAUUGCUGCACCUCCGUCCGACGGGGAGGCCAACGCAGAGCUGUGCCGCUACCUCUCAAAGGUCCUUGAAGUGAAGAAGAGUGAGGUUGUAUUAGAGAAGGGUGGCAGAUCUCGAGAAAAAUUAGUGAAGAUUCUGGCACCACUGACACCUGAGGAAGUUUUACAGAAACUGAGAAAAGAAGUUGCUGGUUGAAGCAAAAAACGAGAAAAGUCUUAGUGAACUUGUUUACUGGGAGUAAAGGACAAAUGAGGGCAUUGCACAGAAAUACAGAAAAAUAGAUGGCAGGGAACCUUUAUUUUUGUAGACAGCUGCAAAGAUUGAUUUAAUGCACAACUAAAGAUGUGGAUUCCGGCAUACCGCAAAGCAAAGUAUAAAUGCCAUAAUGUCAUUUGAGAAUAUCUCCAAGAGAUUGAGACUCGAACGCUACUUUCAUCUGUAGCAAUAAAAAAAUGGUUUCAUAACUUGGAUCUUUGUUUUAGAUCACCCAGAUAGUGUUUUAACAUUGUUUUCCUUUACAAGGGUAAAAAAGAGCAGAGAUCAAACUCAGUUCACGGUACAGAAAUGCCAAAGGAAUAAUGACUACUACAAAACUGCAGGCCACAUGGAAUCUGAAAAAUGUUCAAGACCACCUCAGUUAACCAAUAUUUACCAUUGAUGGUAAUAAUAUUGCUUCAGUGUGUAUCAGUUUCAUAAUACUGAAUUUUAAAUUUUGUUUGUGUAAACUAGACCAACAAUAGAAAUGUCAAAAAUUGGCCAGUUGUAUUUUUUAAAUCAUAAUUGGGAAAUGCCCAGAUAUUCUAGUCUGGGGUUUCUUUGGGUUUAAGGGGUCUUAAAUGGAAAAGCAACCACUUGUGGAGUUUUCAGAGGUGGAAAUAAAAAACAUUUACGGGUUAGGUUAGAAUAAAUGCUGCAUCAUCAGCUUGGGAGAUACAUAGUCCACACUUUGCAUUCUUUUGUUUUUUGUGAUUGUUUUUAAAUCCUCAAUUCAUCUUAAAUAGCUGCAUUCCUGUCACUUUUCUUGCCUAAUUAAAGGGCUUCUGUUAUUCUCUCAAAUGCAGCCUCUCUUUCUGAUUCAGUUUCUUCCUCUCAACCCAUGUUUGGCUCAAAACCCAUCCUACAUGUCAUUCAUUCUCAGUGCUCUACACUUGGUUAGUAUGCUGUCUCACAAUCAUUGUAGGAAUAGCCAAAUAUAGAUGUGAUCAGUAGAUAAGGAGGAAGGGGAACCAUCUGGAGAUUUUUUGUCACCUAUCUUUCCUAACAAUCUUUCUUUCACUGAAGGUCUUCCUGGCAAUGCGCAUAUUUUGCUAGCUAUAUGCACAGAUGUCUAUUAUAUACAGCAAAACGGGGAAAAAGGAAAAGUAUGGUAUAUAAUAUACUAUAAAGUAAGUUAUAGUUCUAUAUUUCCUCAAGUGAUAUAAUCACUUAUAUAUUAUGAUUGUAGUAUCGGUUUAUAUAUUCCAACUGUACAGAUAAGUACAUAUUUCAAUGUCCAAUUUUAACAAAUAUAAUCCUGAUAAUAUUCUCAAGGUUUGUAAUACUCUUCUUCAAAAUCGAUCAUUCAAAGUAAAUCAAAGUUCCAUGUCAAUAGUAACUCAUUCAAAGUAAAUCAAAGUUCCAUGUCAAUAGCAACAACUGGUCUCCCAGAGAUUUUUUUUGCCACCUAUCCUUCCUAACAAUCUUUCUUUCACUGAAGGUUUUCCUGGCAAUGUGCAUAUUUUGCAUGGGCCUUUGUCAUAUCCCUUUUAACCAGAAGCCUGGCUUGUUUUGCUAUUUAGAACAGGUAUGGGAUUUUAUGACUCCUUGCAGCAUUUGCCGUUUAACAGAGUGCACUCUUUUGCUACUUCUAAUGCUUCUGACAGCUCAGAGUCCCAAGUAUAUUCCAGGUCUUAGCAGCUCAAGAUGCUCAAAGGGGAGUUGUAAGCAAAGCUGCCAGAAGGCUUUUCUUUCCCAAAAGCUACUCCUUGAUGGUCUUUAAUGUAAAAACAAGCACAGCAUCAUCCUGACCCUGAUAAUUUGAAGCUCUUUCAUUUUCCUCUAGAAAUCCAUUAUGUGCCUGCUGCUCAGUGAAAGGCAUCAGCAGUUGUGCAUCACAUGGGGCUUGUUCAGUACAUUUGAUUCAGCUAGUUUCUACAUUUAAUCAGGAUGCUCCACUGUUGGCCAAAUCACCUCUCUGCCCAAAUUGGGUUACUACCCCAGUGAAGCUUAUUUCAGGCUCAAGGGCGCAUUAAAACGUCUAGACUCUGCUCUUAGAAACUAGAUUACUUCUGCAAACUGAGUCUGGAGCCACAUGUAAUUUUGCCUGAGCCUUUGCCAAAUUUUCAAGAGCAGUAACAUUUUUCAAAUGGCUAUGGUUAUUGCCAUCUUGCAUCUUUCCUUUUUGGAGGGAGGGACAACAGUGUGUAAGGCCCCAACCUGGCCUGAAUGCAAAUUACCUUCUUCAUUCAAACCAAUAACUUUGCCAAACUACUUCUAGUUCAUACCUAGCGGCUCACCACUAAAAUCAGCAUGUUUGGCAAUAAAGUAAAAAGUCCCUUAAUGCAAAAUACAGUAGAGUCUCACUUAUCCAACGUAAACGGGCCGGCAGAAAGUUGGAUAAGCGAAUAUGUUGGAUAACAAGGAGAGAUUAAGGAGAAGCCUAUUAAAUAUCAAAUUAGGUUAUGAUUUUACAAAUUAAGCACCAAAACAUCAUGUUAUACUACACAUUUGAUAGAAAAAGUCAUUCAGUACGCAGUAAUGUUACGUUGUAAUUACUGUAUUUACGAAUUUAGCACCAAAAUAUCACGAUGUAUUGAAAACAUUGACUUCAAAAAUGCGUUGGAUAAUCCAGAAUGUUGGAUAAUCGAGUGUUGGAUAAGUGAGACUCUACUGUAUAUGCACACUGAAUCAACAUUCAGUAAUUGAUUCAAUAAAUCCGUUCUAGUUGGAAUACCAACAUACUUCCUCAGUGGUGCUCCCCAUUCCAUGGCAGCCCUUUAAAAACACCCAAAUAUAUCUGUGGCUGCUUUUGAAAGCACUUUCUUAUUUUAUCAGACUUGUACUUCCAACAAUAUUGUGGUAUUUUCUGUUAAGUAUUUGUCACUUGGAGCCCCAGUGGCGAAGUGCGUUAAAGCACUGAGCUGGAGACCGAAAGGUCCCAGGUUCAAACCGCGGGAGCGGCCGCUGUUAGCUCCAGCUCCUGCCAACCUAGCAGUUCGAAAACAUGCCAAUGUGAGUAGAUCAAUAGGUACCGCUUCGGCGGGAAGGUAAGGGCGUUCCAUGCAGUCAUGCCGGCCACAUGACCUUGGAGGUGUCUAUGGACAACGCCGGCUCUUCGGCUUAGAAAUGGAGAUGAGCACCAACCCCCAGAGUCAGACAUGACUGGACUUAACGUCAGGGGAAACCUUUACCUACCUUUUAUUUGUCACUUAAUUUUAUGUUACCUAUCUAAAAAAAAAUCACACUGAAAAUGCUUUUUAUAAACUGACACAAAAUCUUACUGCAAACCUUCUCAAGAAGAAUAAAAGGUCUCAGAAGCAUUUUAAGGAAAUAAUACUGCUAAAAUGAUCUCUACAAAGGCCCAUCUAUGAUGAAAAUAGAUUUUUGCAGCAAAAAAAAGUUACAUCUUCAGUCUUAAAUCACUGUCUGGAGACUUGAGCAGCCCUGGAGAAUAUGUGUUCCUCUAACUGACAAUUAGGAGCUGAUGGGAAUGGUUCUGUCUUGGGCAUUUUCCUGAGGCUCGUUGCUGGCUCCUAGUUAUUGUAGCUUUAUAGUGGUUCUCAUUAAAACAGCUGCUUUGCAGCAUUGCUCUUGAAGACAACAAAUCUUCAGUGUUCAGUGCCAGUGUUGUUUGGAUUGCUUGUAACCCGUGGGGAAAACAACAGGACAAAUGUCAUAAUGGCCUGCUUUAUGUAACGUAAGAGGAUGUUGAGGUGGUGUUUUUGCCUGUGCAGGGACCAUCUCUUUUUAAGGCAGCCUUAUAAAUAAGCCUGCAAAAAAUGACUAGCCUUCAGUUUAUUUUAUUUUACUGUGCUGCUAAGAGACUAGAGACCAUUGUGGAAGUAGGGCAUAUCCUUCAGGGCUUGUAUUUCUUGAGCCUGAUGAGAAGAGCAAGGUAGCUGUUAUGAGUCCCCUAUAGAGACAGAUAUUUAGAGCAGCAAGAUACGUGAAUGUAUCCGUACCCUUAAAAAAAACAGGCCAUGAAAACCCUGCUGAGUUUAAAUUAGGUUCUACAGAAUUCUCCACCGCUCUCAGUUCUCUGAGCUCAUAACAGUCCUGGUUGCCUCAUUGGAAGUAAUUUUACAGCAUUUGUGAGAUGUCACUGUGUCUGUAUCCUACCAAGGGGAUAGUUGCAAAGUACAUGAUCAGAGCACAUUUAAAUGUCUCCUGACAGCUGGCUUUCAGCUGAAAUACUUGUGUCAGAAUAAGAAAGAGGGAAUCUGUGAUGGAGAUAAUGUUAUCCUUGAAUUCUAUUGCCAGUGAAGAUAUGAAUGGAAAUUAUCACAUAUGUGCAUCCCCCCACCUUUCUUUUAUUUUUUUAUUUAUUUUAUAGACCCACAGGUAUGCCUUCUCAGUAUUAUACUUAGCAUUUUAUUGACUACAUCAGCUGCGUAACUAUCCCUUCCUGAUGACUUUGUCAUAUUUUGCACUUUGGCCCAGAUCCGUGAAUUCAACUCAUGUUUUUAACACUUUAUUUUGUACGUUGACCUUUUAUGAUUGUUUUUAUCGAUGUUGAUGUUUUAUUGUUAAGUAAUUUGCUUUUGCUUUUAUAUUGUUGUGUCUGGGCAAGGCCCCAUGUAAGCCGCCCCGAGUCCCUUCGGGGAGAUGGGGCGGGGUAUAAGAAUAAAGUUGUUGUUGUUGUUAUUAUUAUUAUUUUA